AUGGACCCAUACCGCGUACUGGAGGUCCCGCGGACCGCGACGCACGAGGACAUCAAGCGCAACUUCAAGCGUCUGGCUGUUACGUACCAUCCGGACAAGAACAGGGAUGGCGGGAACGCGGCGGCGGAGCGUUUCCAGCAGAUACAGGAGGCCUGGGGGAUCCUCGGGGACCCACGGAGGCGCCGGCAGUACGACAGAGGUGGUGCCGAGGCGAUCGCGGCGGAGGAGGCCGAGAAGGCGGAGGCUCCGGUCGACCCUACGACACUGACGGCGAUGCAGCGCGUGACCAUGGGCGUUCUGUCCAAGAUCGGCGUCACCAAGAUCCGCACCGCGGUCCCCACGGAAAUCAUCGAGGAGGUCGAGACCGGGCGCGCUCCGUUCUCGGAGCUCAACUUCGGCGAGCGCGCGGAGGGCGUUGUGGAGUGCGGCGCCGCGCAGUUCUUCCGCCUCACAAUCGCGCAGCCGCACGUGGACGGGGGCUUCUGCGUCACGGCCGCGUCCCCGCAGGGAUCGCGGCUCAAGAUGCUCCUGUUCGAGCGCUCGCAUUCCGGGGAGGUGCUCGACGUGGGCGGGUGGCGGCUGGUCGCCACUGAGGAGUCCUGCCGGCACCUCAAGGGGGCGUCCGUCGUGGGAAUGUACUUCCUCGAGUUCCCCACGCACGAUCUGGGUCCAGGUCCGGCUGCGCAGGAGAUCGUGGACGAGCCGGAGUCGGCGAUCUUCCGCCGCCUUGACUCCCUCGAGGCGCGCGAGCGCGUCCACCUGACGCCGGGCGAGUACCUGGUGGGGGUGUACGGGGACAAUUGGGUCAAGCGGUCGGCGUUCCAGCUGGAGGCGACGCUCCAGGGCGCGGCGUUCGCGACGCUGCAGCAGCUCCGCGACAGCGAGACGGCCCUGGUCACCAAGCACCACGAGCUGGCCAGUCUGUCACACGAGUACUGGGAGUUGAAGGACAAAUGGGAGGCGAUGGUGGCGCGGAUGCACACGGAGCACGGCAUGCUCAAGGAGCUCCUGAAGCGCCGCGACGACGCGUACCUGAAGCUCGCGCUGCCGGCGGGCGUGCGCGGCGUGGCGGCGGGCGAGGCGCCCCUCGACGCGUCGGCCAACGGCGCGGGCCACCGGCGCAACGCGAGCAGCUCGAGCGGCGGGAAGGGCACGCCGAAGUUCGGCCGGACGAUGACCGUGGGCGAGACGAUCUCCGCGGGCACGUCGGCGGCCUCGCGUGGGUUCGCAAAGUUCGUAGGAAAGGCCAAGGAGUCGUUCAAGGCCUACGCGGACAAGCGCGCGCAGAAGAGCGCGUCGUUCAAGAGGGAGGAGGCGUCCGGCGCGGAGCAGCAGCCGGCGGCGUCUCCGCAGCGCCCGAGCGAGCCGGGCACCCCGGAGGCUGCGCUGCCGCCGCGACCGGCACUGGACCCGCAGCUGUUCGGGGGCGUGGCGGGGGAGAGUGCGGCGAGCGAGGGCGCGUCGGGGUACGACAGUCCGGCGCCGGAGACGCCUCCGAACGAGCGGAAAAUAUCAAUCGGGUCGGGCCACGAGAACGUGCCCCUCGUGUGA